UGGAGUAGCGCGCGUUUAUCUUUCUGCCUAUUAAGAGCUAUUAACGCAUGAAAUCUAUCGCAUUCCUCGUCGGCAUGCAGUAAUGUUCCAGGAAGGUGGCCUAUUUCAACAUUCUCAGAGCCUUGACAGUGUGGCUAAUGAUCAUGAGGAACGAAUUAAUUGAUAUAUAUUAUCAAUGUGUUCCGUCAAAUCUCGGCGGGAUCCAGUCAGUAAGAGUUCGCUUGGGCGCCGCGGUUGGUUCGCGCGGGGCUGCGCGCGCACGGUAUGCGCUCGAGUUGAAAUUUGAAUAUGGCGGUUUAUAGGUUAACUAUUUUUAUAAUCGUGAUAUCAUCAUACCCAAUCAGUCAUGGACAAACAGAAAACAUCACAACGACAACCACGACAUCAGAGCGACCCCAAGGAGACAUGGGGAGUCCUUGCUCCCCUCACUUGCCAGGAGACGUGGACUUUCAGACGGUAGACCUGAUAGCAGUCUACCGCAUGGACCAACCUGAUGCCAAGGGUAUCACGCUGGUACAAGGGUCGCAGGACCUGCAGAGAGCGUAUAGGAUUGGGCUUGAUGUUAACUUGACUUUGCCUUUGCGCGAGGUGUUCCCAACGGGUCUACCAUCCCACUUCUCAGUAGUAGGCACGUUCAACGCCCGCGGUCAGCGUCGGCCCUGGAGCCUGGUGCGAGCCCGCUCUGAGUCCAGCCUGCAGUUCGCCCUCACCAUGCUGCCGGUCUCCAAGAAGAUUGCGGUCUUCAUCGGCGGGUCGAGGGUCAUGUUUAAUAGUUAUGAGAUCUUCACUCCGGGUUGGCACAAGAUACACGCUUCAAUUUCUAAUCAUACGGUUCAUGUUGCUGUCGACUGUGUUGAGUUGAUGCCAGAGAAGAUCAGCUCUCGUGACUUCACGAACGCGACUUCUGUCACCAUCGUGUCCAAUGAUGACGGUACUUCAGCACCUAUAGAUCUGCAAUGGCUAUCGUUGAGCUGUGACCGGUAUAACCUGAGCAGAGACAGCUGUGAAGAAAUUGAUAAACCCCAGUACUUAGUGGCUACCUCACCGCCAACGUUUGAGGUAGACCCGGCGUUGUUGGAUCCUUUGGACUCCACAGUUUGCAAUACCACCUGUCCUCCGGGUCCAGAAGGGCCGCGUGGUCCUAAAGGGGAGCCAGGGCUGAGAGGAUAUACUGGUAUACCGGGUAUACGCGGUACAAAAGGAGAGAUUGGGGCUCCGGGCCCCCGAGGCUUCAAAGGAGAUAUGGGUGAACCGGGCCCACCGGGAGCGGUUGUAAAUGCAUCUGGUGUAGGAUACGUGGGACCACCAGGUGAACCGGGGAGGCGCGGACCAAAGGGAGAGAAAGGCGAUGUGGGACCAAGAGGUGAUCCAGGCGAGCGAGGGUUUGAUGGAAUAUCUGGACUGCCAGGAAUUGAUGGGAAAGACGGUCUGCCUGGACCACCAGGGCCUAUGGGUCCCCGAGGCGAGCAGGGCUUCCCUGGUCCUCCGGGCCCUGCUAGUAAUAUCAAUGCUUCUUUGAUACAUGGUGCUAAAGGAGAGAAGGGUGCUCCAGGCCGGGACGGCAGAGACGGCAUCGCAGGCCCCAGAGGACCACCGGGCCAUGAUGGACCGACGGGACAACCAGGGCCACAAGGGUUUUCUGGUGCACCAGGUGUGCCUGGAGUGAGGGGCCCGCCAGGCCCUGCCGGACCAGAGGGCAAGAGGGGCUCUGAUGGAUUACCGGGGCCUGAAGGUCCACCAGGGGCCCCAGGUCGGCCGGGCCCACCGGGUGCUGCAGCUGCAACAGGUGCACUAGUUUCUAUACCCGGUCCACAGGGCCCACCCGGAUUAACAGGACAGAAAGGGGAGCCUGGAUUCCCAGGGUUCCCUGGCAAGCCCGGUGUGGAUGGGAUACCGGGGGCUCCGGGACCGAUGGGCGCGCCAGGAUUACCGGCGCCUCCUAGUAUUGUAAGAGAGGCUCCUUCUAUUUCUGAAGCUGAAAUAAGAAACAUUUGUGAAGAUAUUAUUAAAGAGCGCUUAAGAGAGCUGACUGCCAACCUCAUAUUGGAGACAAAAACUGUAGUUGGUAAGCGAGGACACCCGGGAAGACCAGGACCUCCUGGGCCACCAGGAAUACAAGGUGAUUCCGGAGAGCCAGGUCCGCGAGGAUAUCCGGGAGAAACCGGGGAGCCAGGCAAGCCUGGCAGUCCCGGACAAGCUGGAGACAAAGGGGAUAAGGGCGACAGGGGCCCUCAGGGCUUUGGAGUGCAGGGCCCUGAGGGACCCAGAGGACAAAUAGGUCCCAUGGGCCCAACAGGUCAUCCUGGAAGAACUGGAGACAGGGGCGACCCAGGACGAGAAGGAGCAAUGGGCCCCCGCGGUCACCCAGGGCCAAGGGGCACGUGCGAGUGUCCGAUGGCCUAUUACGCGUACUCGCCACAAGGACUCAGUAAGGGGCCCGGAUGAUCGGAACUAGAACAUACCUGUACUUAAUAAAAUGUUAAAGUAAU